CGCAGAACUCUGCAAAUGCAGGUUUUGCAAACUUUGAUGCAUUUGGACAGUCUAGUGGCUCGAGUAAUUUUGGAAGUUUCCCCACAGCAAGUCAGUCUUCUUUUCAGCCCCAAAAUACAGGUGGAGGUGCUGGAUCAGUGAAUGCUAACUUUGCUCACUUUGAUAACUUCCCCAAAUCCUCCAGUGCUGAUUUUGGAGCCUUCAACACUUCCCAGAGCAACACCACAGCAACUGCGGCCAGUAAAGCUGCAGUGAAUAAACCGAAUCUCCAGUCAGCUGACAAAUAUGCAGCUCUUGCUAAUUUAGAUAAUAUCUUCAGUGCAGGACAAGGUGGUAGUGAGCAAGUAAGUGGCUUCAGUACAGGAGUGUCUACAUCAGCAGGUCCUGCAUUGUCAGCCCCAAAUCAGUCAAGUGCAUCUUCAGACAAGUAUGCGGCUCUAGCAGAAUUGGACAGUGUGUUCAGCUCCACAGCAACCUCUAGUAAUGCUUAUCCUUCCACCAGUAACGUUAGCAGCAAUGCUUUUGGAACAGUACCCGUGGCUGCUACUGCACAGACACAGCCUGCAUCUUCAAGUGUGCCUGCUCCGUUUGGAGCAACACCUUCCACAAAUCCAUUUGUAGCUGCCCCUCUUGCCCCAGUGGCACCUUCAACAAAUCCAUUCCAGACCAGUAGCCGAGGAGCAACAGGCCUCUCGGGAGCAAUGCACUCUCACAUAUUUCCUCAGGCUCAUUUUGCAGCAACAUUUGGUACUGCAUCCAUGAGCAUGCCUGCAGGAUUUGGAACUCCUGCCUCCUACAGUCUUCCUACUAGUUUUAGUGGCAACUUCCAGCAGCCCACGUUCCCAACCCAGACAGCUUUCCCUCAACAGACUGCUUUUGCUCAGCAGCCAAAUGGAGCAGGUUUUGCAGCAUUUGGACAGGCAAAGCCUGUAGUAACUCCUUUUGGACAAGUUGCAGCUGUUGGAGUAUCUAGUAACCCUUUUAUGGCUGGCGCACCAACAGGACAAUUUCCAACAGGAAGCUCAUCAACCAAUCCUUUCUUAUAGCCUUAUAGACACUUUACCCAAAAGAACUCUUAUGUGGUCACAUAACAUCUCUGCGCCUCUUGCACUGUUGUCUUGUUUCACUGAUAUUAGCUUUAAACACAAAAGAAGUCUUUAAGAAGUAAAAAUAAAAACAUGCAUUGUGUACCUUUAAAAAAAGAUUAAAAAAAAAAACCACAAAACCCAAGAAAAUCAACCCUGCACCAGGUAAUAAUGUGCAAAACAGAGGGCUGCGGUAACAUCCUUGAACCUGUGAACUGGCAGGUAAAAAGUAGCGGUAUCAUGUAUAUUAAAAUUGGCUAAUAAGUUAUUGCAGAUACCACAUUCAUUAUGCUGCAGUACUGUACAUAUUUUUCUUAGAAAAUAGCUAUUUGUGCAUAUCAGUAUUUGUAACUUUAACACAUUGUUAUGUGAAAAAUGUUACUGGGAAAUAGAUCAGCCACUUUAAGGUGCUGUUGUAUCUCUUGGAAUGAAUGAGCGACAUCAUUUUAACCAUUGGUAUUGGAAGUCAUGAAGUUAAAUUGAAGGUUUGUUCAUUUCUCAAAAUGUUUUCCUUUCCUAAGAGCUCUUCUAUUUAUACAUGCCUAAAUCUCUAAUGUUAGAGGGAUACCUGUCUGCAUAAUAAAGCUGAUCAUGUUUUGCUACAGUUUGCAGGUGAAAAAAAUAAAUAUUAGAAAAAAAAC